UAUUAUCUCUAGAGUCUAGUCUUAACCAGUGCCAGGCCCUGCAGCAGGCUGCUGCUGCUCUUAAUAAUAAUAAUAAUAAUAAAGGCCGUGGUCUCCUCUCCUCCUCGUCCUCUCUCCCCGCCUCCUUCCAUGGCCGCCCCCUUUCCCUUUUCUAGUAAUAAUCUCCGCUCUCUCCCCUCUUCUUGCUUCGUUACUCCCUCACCUGCAGCUCCUAUUUUUUUUAUUCACCACCACCACCAGUGGCAACUGUUGAAGCAAUUCAAGAAGCAACGCCUCUUGCCCCUGUGCGCUGCUAGUUCUAGUUACGAGGUUGGCGGAGGCUUCUCGGGGGAUUUUCAUACUUCUCCGUCUGGAAGAAAUCCGGGCAACCCAAAACCAAAAUGGGAUACUUCUCAGUAUGAAGCUCUCCUCAAAGGAGGUGAGCAGGUCGUUUCCGUUCUCAAUGAGAUGGCCAAGCUUUUGGAAGAUAUGAACAUGGAUGAAGCAUCUGAAAAGUUGGCAGUUGAAUUAGCUGCACAAGGAGUCAUUGGCAAAAGAGUGGAUGAGAUGGAAUCAGGGUUUAUGAUGGCCCUAGAUUACAUGAUCCAACUGGCUGAGAAUGACCAAGACAACAAACGCAAGUCACUCUUGGAGGUGAUCAAGGAGACUGUUCUAUCUCAUCUCACAAGGAAAUGCCCUCCACAUGUUCAAGUGGUUGGCCUUCUCUGUAGAACCCCCCAGAAAGAAAGCAGAUAUGAAUUACUUCGGCGAGUUGCUGCAGGUGGUGGCGUAUUUCAAGGCGAAAAGGGCACCAAAGUUCAUCUUCCCGGGGCAAAUUUAAAUGAUAUUGCUAACCAGGCUGACGAUUUACUGGAGACAAUGGAAUCCCGGCCUGUGGUCCCUGAUAGAAAGUUACUUGCAAGGCUUGUUCUAAUCAGAGAGGAAGCUAGGAGCAUGAUGGGAGGUGGAAUACUAGACGAGAGAAAUGACCGCGGUUUGAAUACUCUUCCAGAGUCAGAGGUCAACUUUUUGACCAAGCUCGUAGCUCUGAAGCCCGGGAAAACUGUACAGGAGAUGAUAAAAAAUGUGAUGGAAGGAAAAGAUGAAGGUGCAGAUGGCUCCAAUGGCGGUGCGGAGAAUACUGCUGAUGCUGGUGUUUCAAGUGGAAUUGCAGGAAGGACUAGUGUGACAGGGCGAAAACCAUUACCAGUUCGACCUGGCAUGUUUCUCGAGACCGUCUCUAAGGUCUUAGGUGGUAUAUAUGCUGGAAAUAUCUCAGGCAUCACCGCGCAGCAUCUAGAAUGGGUCCAUCAGAAGACACUCAACAUUCUUCAAGAGAUAGCAUUCUAGUUUUCAUGGGUGGGGCACGGAAUGUUGCUCCCCUGAUCUCUGGAUCUGGCCAGCCAAGCCUUGAACUUGAAAGACAUUGAGAAAUCAAUGAAUAUAAAAAGCUUAGAAGACGAUGUCUCUAACCACCUUCUCUGUUGUUUUGGUUGAGCAUGAAUGAAUGGUCAAUGUCAUGUCACAGUCAUGCCAUUAGAGUACCACUCACUGUAAGAGGAGCAAAGCCACCAUUUUUGUUUUUCAGUCAGAUGCAACGUUUCUCUGUUCUCAUCUCUCAUCUUGAAAGCGCGCCCGAAAGGAGGUCCCAACCACUACCACCAACUUUAUUUUGGGCAGUAGUAGUAGAUUAGAGUGAGCCAUUUGGAAAAAACAAAAAGAAGUUAAAUAAAUGAAUAAGUAGGCUAGUUAGGGAUGUAAAUGGGUUUUUAUUGGACUCCCAAUAAUAAGUGAAAAAUAAAUAUAAAAAUAUAAUUGAGUUGGCAAGAGCAAGUGAUGAGAGAAGGAUUAAUAUUGUAAUGAUGAGUCUUAUGAUAAAGCAGAUCAAACCCAAAUGUGCAAUCGAAUCAAACUUUAGGCAAUGUCGAAAUCUGUAACAAUGAUGAUGGAUGUAGAUAUUGGAGUCUAAAGUUCUUCAUGUGGAGAUUGGGCCCAUUUGUCCCGCAUUUGCGGACUCACCCACCUCUCUGCCUGCAAGGAAUGCUUCAUGUUCUUAUUCAUAUUCCUUCAUUCUCAUUCUCCCCCAAUUAUCCACAUUCAUUUUUAUAUGAAUCGUGUUAGAAACUUCACAUAGGAAAUGUGCAAAGUUGAUUAUAUUACUACGCAAAAAAAAGAAAAAGAGGAAGAGUGAAUUGUAUUAAUUCAGGCAACAACUAGUGGGUUAAGAGUUGAGGUUGAGGAUGUAAUCCUCUUUGGUUGGGCGUUGGGCAGUGCGUGGGCUUGGCCAUGCUGUCUAGUGUCUGCCAUGGGUCUCGCUGUUGAAGACUCCACGUGAGGUGUGAUCUUUCAGGAUUGAUACUGCGCACCAGCUGUGCCCAUUUUACACUUUGUUACGCUUUCUUUUGUCGGGAA